AUGGAUGGGCUUCACACUGUAUUGAAAAUGUUGCGGAAACAGAACGCUACUUGUAUUCUCACCAGCAUUCGUCACGUUUCAAUCAAAGAGAAGUUGAAAAAUUACAAAUUUCCUGAAAUCAAAAAGGAUGACUGCGAACAGAAAUUUAUUUCCGGAUGGGGUCCUGGCGGUCAGAAAGUAAAUACUGCACAGAAUGCCGUCCAACUACGGCAUAAACCAACAGGUUUGGUCGUUAAGGUGAGUGAAAGGCGAAGUCCCCUUUUUCAUUUUUUUGCACUAAUCUAA